CGGAAGGAAGGGAGUAGGCGCUGCCGAGAAAGGAGCCUCCCGGCUGGGGCUGGAACCCAUCCCGGAGGAGGGCGGGCAGCUGGGCGGCCUGGGGACAGCCCCGGCCCAUUGGUACUUGGGCGGGCGCCCACGGAAGCCGCCGCUCAGUCCAUCCCUCGGCUCGCCUGGUGCCUGAAGCCCGCGCUCUCCAGUCACUCGCCCCCCUUCGCGCCAUGAUGCAGCCGCUGAAAGCGCCCUCCUGCCGCGGGUCCCGCCUGCUCGUCCUGGCCGCGCUGCUCGUGCUCUCGCCGGCGCCGGGCUUCGUGGCCCAAGGGGCCCGCCUGCUAUCGGCCCGGGACUCGCCGCUGAGUCGCCGCGGGUCGCUCGACAGCUCCAGCGUGCCGGUCCAGAGAGCCGCCCAGACGGCCGUCAACUUCUUCAACUACCAGCAGGGGUCGCCGAGCGCGCUGCGGGCGCUGGGGCACGUCAAGAAGGCUUCCCUGAAGCUUGUUCCAGGAGUUGGCCGCAAGUACAUCCUACAGUUUACUACGAAAGACCUCCUAACUGGGGAAAACCUAGGCACCUGCCACUCCUCUGUGUUCUACCUGAAGGCAAAGCCAAAGCCAGCGGUUGAAAUUAGCUGCUCGCCGGACCAAGGCAAAAAUGACCACCAGAUUCAAGACCUUUUCUUGUACUUGAGCCUUACAGAAGAUAAACAGCCCUCUCUGAAGGUCCUGAGGAAUUUGGGUGUUUAUGGCAGCAGCCUAGUGGCGUGGGAGAUGUCGACUGAGGACUUGGCUUACACUUUGACACAAGUCAAGGACGUGAAGCCGUGGAGAAGAGGUGACGGUGCGCCUGAAUUUGACUUCACUGUUCUGCUUGGUGAUAGGUGGGGAGAGUCUUCCAUCUCCUGCCACGUGCGCGUUGCUUGGCAACCUGACCUGCCUGUGCAAGUGAAAUACUACUGUUCUCCAGAGGAUGGGUCUUCAGAAUCUGCGGAUGGCUCUGGAGAGGAACUUGGAUCUACUGAUGAGUUUUUUCUUGAAGCAGAAAGUAAUUUUUAAAUAGGAAGGAAGCUGUGUUAUAAAGGUGUAAACAUUUUUACAAGGGUGUGGAGCACCUGGCAUUUAAUACUUCCACUCUGCGUCAUGAUUAUUCUUCCACGUAAAUCACUGCUGCGGAUUGGAAGUUUGUGCACAAGUCACUUCUGACCCACUGUAGAAAUUCUUAAAAGAAAAAAAAAUCCUCUGCGUCUUCCUAAAAGCACUUUUUCGCAGAUUAAAAUAAUAUAUAUAUGGAAAAAAUUACUGGACUUGCCACCAAGUUUCUGGCAUUAGGGAAUUACGCUGUAUGAAGUUAAUAUAUAUGAACCACAUUCUUGGAGUUUUUAAAACUACCAUUUCAAGAAAAGUAUUGUGGAAUUAAAAAUAUAUAUAUGAUAAUAAGCCUUUGAUGCUAACUUUUAAUUUAUCUCCAAUAAAAUGAAUAAAGUCA